AUGAUGAACAAAUUCAUUGUUGGCGCGCUUGGCCUCGUUGCCGGUGUGGCCGCAACUCCAGUGGAGCUCAUCGAGCGCAACGCCUGCAGAGAUGACAGUCUGUACAAGUGUUUCGUUAGCAGAGAAUACUCUCACUCGGCUUCUGCGUAUUGCUCUGCUCUCGCUCCGGCUACGCAAACAGUCACAGUAGCAGAGCCUACGGUAACAUCAACUCUGUGGGUCACCAGCACUGCCGCUGCCACGACCGACUUCCUCAGCUCUACAACAACCGUUUAUACGGCCACGUUUCCAAUUUCCACAGAAACAGAUAUCGAAACGGACUUUGAGACUUCCAUCCAGACUGCUAUCGUUACUGCAAUUGCGACUGCAAUUGAGACAGACCAGGCGCCGCCGCCGCCUGUCAUUACCCAUGCUCCAUUCAAGCGUGGAAAGCCUGGGCAGCCCAAGUGUAUGGCCACCAAGUGCUUCGUCUACUCUCCUGAGCGCAUCACUGCCGCUUGUGAUUGUAUCAAUGUGACGCCCAAGACGGUCACAGUCUCUCAGACAGUUCCUGCUGCGACUGUCACAGUGACUUCGACCUCGGUUAUUACACCUGGCGUUACAGCACCGGCAUGGCAAACUGUGGCGACAGAACUUGAUAGCGCUACUGUCACAACCACUGUCACGGCCACUACUACCACGACCGCAACCGUCACCGUGACCCCCACGCCAGUCAACCUCAUCCCCAACGGUGAUUUCUCGGCCGGUCUGAGCCCAUGGGUCACCUCGUCGAGCUCCUCCGGCGCUUGGACAAGCAUCGGCGUGAGCAAUGCAAACAGCCCCAACGGCGAAUUGAACGCUUUCCAUGCCACCAACAUCCGCAAUACUGCACCACUCAUCGUUGUUAGCGCUCCCUUCAAACUGCAGGUGAAGUCCGCAUAUCAACUUUCUUUCAUGAUCGCAACCACCUCUACCGACAGGAGCUGGAAGAGCAAAGUCACGGCCUCGAUUGUCUGUGGUUCGACAUCGCUUGAUGUCCCUAGCUUCAACCAGGCGACAUCAGGUCCCGGUGCGUACUUUACAAGCACGGGCAUUAUCAACACUCCUGUGACAAACAGCGUAUCGACUAUAAACCAGUUGAACAGCUGCCAGCUGAAGGUUGGGCUCCCUAUUACUUCGACGGUGCCUUCUACGUGGUACUUUGCCGAUGCUGUCCUCCAGUUCGACCAUGCUAUUAAUAGGUCGUAG